CCCUUCCGCUGCCUCAAAACCAGCCGCAUGGAGACGACUCCGCUGACCCCUCCUCCUCCCUCUUCUUUCCCCGCCGAGCCCGUUUAUUAUUAAAAACCGCUGGAACCGCGACCGCCUCGCCCGCUUCUGGCAGCAGAGCAAUUCGAGCUAAACCUCGGAACAUCCCCCACCCGCGAGCGCGACACGCCCAAGGCCGCGCCCCCGCACCAUGGCGUCGCACAUCAUCCUGCCGCCGGACGACGCCGACGAGAACCACCACCACCCCCAGGAGGAUGGGGAGGAGCGGGAGGAGGAGCUGGGGCGCGACGACGGGGACGAGGAGCGGGAGCACGCGUCCCCCGAGCGGCCGCCCAAGGCGGCGCUGCCGUUCUCGGCCACGUGCGUGCGGAUCUCCCGCGACUCCUACCCCAACCUCCGCGCACUGCGCAACGCUUCCUCCGUCAGCCUCGCCGACGCCGCGUACGUCAAGAUCUCCGAGGGCGACUUCGGGUACGUGCUCGACGACGUGCCGCACCUCACCGACUACGUCCCCGACAUCCCGACCUAUCCUAAUCCAUUACAAGAUCAUCCUGCCUAUUCAACUGUCAAGCAGUAUUUUGUCAAUGAAGAUGAUACUGUACCUCAAAAGGUGGUUGUACAGAAGAACAGCCGGCGUGGUGUUCACUUCCGUCGUGCCGGGCCUCGUCAGAGGGUCUAUUUUGGCCCCGAUGAAGUAAAAGCCUGCAUUGUAACUUGUGGAGGCCUCUGCCCUGGGCUUAACACUGUUAUCAGAGAACUGGUGUGUGGCUUGUCACACAUGUACAAUGUCAAUAACAUCUAUGGAAUACAGAAUGGAUAUAAAGGUUUUUAUUCUAGCAACUACCUUCCCCUGACACCAAAGAGUGUCAAUGACAUCCACAAAAGGGGUGGUACAGUUCUAGGGACAUCACGAGGUGGUCAUGAUACAAAAAAGAUUGUUGAUAACAUUCAAGAUCGUGGUAUUAAUCAGGUGUAUAUCAUUGGAGGAGAUGGAACUCAGAAGGGAGCAUAUGAGAUAUUCAAGGAAAUCCGAAAACGUGGCUUGAAAGUUUCUGUGGCUGGAGUCCCCAAGACAAUAGAUAAUGACAUUGCGAUUAUCGACAAGUCCUUUGGUUUUGAUACGGCUGUGGAAGAGGCCCAGCGAGCCAUUGAUUCAGCUCAUGUUGAAGCUUGCAGUGCUGAGAAUGGAAUAGGCUUAGUAAAACUGAUGGGUCGUUAUAGUGGGUUCAUUGCGAUGUAUGCUACUCUUGCUAGUCGAGAUGUGGACUGCUGUUUGAUUCCAGAGUCUCCAUUUUAUAUGGAUGGAGAAGGUGGAUUGCUUCAAUAUAUAGAAAGGAGGCUGAAAGAGAACAGGCACAUGGUUAUCGUUGUUGCUGAGGGAGCAGGGCAGGAUCUUAUUGCACAAAGUAUAGCCAAAUCAGAUCAACAAGAUGCAUCAGGAAAUAAGCUGCUUCUUGAUAUUGGUCUUUGGUUGACUCACAAGAUAAAGGAUUACUUCAAGAGCAAAAAGAUGGAGAUGACGAUUAAAUACAUAGAUCCUACAUACAUGAUCCGUGCCAUUCCAAGCAAUGCAUCAGACAAUGUUUACUGCACACUUCUGGCUCAUAGUGCUAUCCAUGGUGCAAUGGCAGGGUAUAGCUUCACCGUUGGAAUGGUCAACGGUAGACAUACCUUUAUACCUUUCUAUAGGGUGACAUCUACAAGGAACAAGGUUAGGAUCACCGACAGGAUGUGGGCGAGGCUGCUCUCAUCAACCAACCAGCCAAGCUUCUUGAGUCAGAAGGACAUCGAUGAAGCGAGCGAGGCCGAUAGGCUUGCCAACAGGCCACCAUUGCCAACGGGCGCCAGCCAUCGCGUGGCGAGCUCUUUUGAGCAGUCUGCAUCUACUUCUUCCAACGGAGAGAUCUAAGUGAUUGCUGGUGCACCCUGAAUGUGUACAGGAGCUGUUGAGCUUUGCCACGCUACCAAUUUUGCUUUUGAUAAGCAGAUGCCUGUGGAGGAGGCACUAUCCUGAUAACCCGAGCAAUAAAACGAAAACCGGUGAUGAAGCUGUACAUGACCUAUCUUGAAUUUGCUGCAGAGUAUUCAGUGUAAUGCCAUCAGUCGAUGAUUAUGUCUGCUCUUGAGUCUUACCUCCUGCACUGUUGUGUGUUGUCCGCUAAGGCCUCUGUAUUUAUUCACCAUGGGCCAUCGUCUACUAUGGCCCAUUUGAUGGUAAGUUCAUUACAGCCC